AAAGUGUUAAGUGGAAUUCGAUAACUGAAGAAACCUUAUCAUUUUUUUUCAUUUCAACAAAAAGAUGCUAACAGUCAUUUGGGAAUUAGUUUAUCCACAUAAAGAGGAUGCAGUUCACCCUGAACGGAUUGCAGAAUAUGAUUUAAUUAAUAAUGUCCAGGAGUAUGAUAAUUACCACAAUAGGUGGACUCAAAUGUUACCAAUUAAUAUCGGAUUUCCAGUAGAAGUGGAGAAUGGUUACAUAUUUGGAUUUGUCUGUCAUCAAUGUUUGUGUCCAUUCGUAGUUCUAGAAGUGGGCAGUGGCUGUAGUUGGGUGAAAAUACGCAUAGAUGGCAUGGUAAAUGAACCCAUAUUGCCGAUGGAUCCUUUAUGGCGUCAAUUCUUCAGCCGCCUCCCGCGACCAACCGAAAAUAUUCAUUUUGCCAUCCGACAUUAACGUUGUUUAUAAACAUUAUCAAUAAAUGAAAUUUUUCUAAAUGCGCAAUGCAUUUUGUCGGGCGUUAUUUGGGUGAUAUAGAUGUUGAGAAGCAAGUUAGUCAAAACCGACAUGACAUUCAAACCACCAAAGCCGGGACAGCGCGGUUCAGCAAUCCACAACUCUCAGCAUGAACCAAAAUUCAGUCUCCAAAUGAUACAUUUUCCUAGAUGCCCAGAUAUGCAACUACGUUCAGAGGAAUAAAUUUGAAACUAAAAAAUCUCUCAAAUACUCAUUGGGAGACCAAUGGAGCUUGAGCUGCAACAAAUUCAACACCAGCUUUUUUCUGUGUUAA